AUGACUACCGAUAAUUAUACUUUUACCAAUGCCAAUACUGCCGCUUAUGCCACUACUUUUACAUCUGUCGAUACCACCAAUACUGCCAUUACUACUAGUGAACCUACUGCUAUGGAUACUGCUCCUAGUACUACCGCCAGUACGAAUACGGCUAAUACUACUUCUACGCCCACUACUGCUGCUGAUCGUCUGACCACUGCGGCCACUACUAUUACCGGUUUCACAGCUACUACUACUACUACUACUACUACUACUACCACCACCACUACUACUACUACUACUACUACGACUACUACUACUAUUACGACUACUACCACCACUACUACUACUACUACUGCUACCAUAACCAUUGUCAGUAGAGCUACUUCUACCAUUACUGGUGUUACCACUACCGCCGACACUGUUAUUACAGCUAAUACUACUGCCAUUACUAUCACUAAAUCUACUAUUCUUAGCAGCACUACUGCUUUUACUGUCACGGCUGCUACCACUACUGUAACCACUGAUUAUCGUGCUACUACUACUAGUAUUGCUCCCGUUGCUACUGGUGCCGCUAUUUAUACUACUGCCACAAUUAAUUGUGUCACUAUUAAUCGUUUUGGCGCUAUUUUUACUGUAUCUACUAGUAUUUAUAGUACUACUAGUAAUACUCUUAUAACCUCCAAUAAUAAUGCUAAGUACGCUAUCACUACUACUUCUGCAACUGUUGUUGCCGCUGCUGUUGCUGCUGUUGCUGUCUCCUCUUAUAAUGUUGCCGUAGCUGCUAGUGCCGCUCCUACCAGUACUACUGCUACUGCUACCAUUGCCACCACUGCUACCCCAAGGCUUCCUCGUGUUCACCCAUAG